AUGGCAUCAAAAUUGGACUGCGUUCCACCAGAGAUCCUCGUGCGCAUUGCGGGGAUCCUCGACACUGCGCACCCAGCCAGCCUUCUGGCCUUUGCGUGCGCCAACAAGGGAUGCUAUGUCAUUGCGAGUGUUUUUUUGUACCGUACGAUCAAGAUCACCAUCGAUGAGGGGCAGCAGCUAGCACAUGACGUGAAAACCUUGGAGAUGAUGCUUCAACGUGACGACAGCUUUGCACACGUUCGCCGCCUUAUCCUCCUCUGCAAGAGCCCAGGGACACGCUAUCGCUACAUAUCGCUCGACCCGUGCGAGCGAAUGGAGGAUGAUCUGAAACUACGAGGAUGCUGGGAUCUCUACCGCUCAGAAUCGCAUCUAUGGCCGUCCAACACCGGCCGCAUAGCUGACAUGCAAAGAUUGCGGCCUCCGCGGUUGAAGAGGAUAUACCUCUGGAAGAAUAGCAGUGGGAUCGGGUGGGAUUCAGAUAAGUGCCAGAGGCCGCAAUCCGUGCUUCGCGAGCAUAUUCAGCUGGACGGGCCAGAGUCUCCCCGUUCUGUGCCAACCGACUUAGUGUCCACUCGAACAUUCGGCGACAUGUCUGCACUGCGGGUACUCAAGCUCUACAUCGUCGUUUCUCCAAAGAGCCUGCCACCACCAGAGAUUUUUACCUCGCUGGUCACCUUGACUCUCACAUGUAGCACGGAUGCCAACUCUCGAUCCAAGCAAAGUUGGACUUAUACUGCCUUCUUCCUACGACACCUCCCACGCCUCGCCACCCUGCAGCUCCGAGAAUGGGACCGGCGUCAAAGCAUCCAGCCAUGCCUUGGUUCGAACCUGCGGACCCUGGAACUCUCCACGCGUCGGCGGAGCUCAAUUUGGGAGCCUCUGAAAGACGAUAUCCUCCGUCAUAUUGCCAAGUGCUCCCCUCAUCUCGAGAGCCUCGCCGUAGAGGUCCGGCGCUCACGCGGGGACGCGGCCGAGGUAGCGCGUUAUCGAACUUUAGGACGCCUGCCCCGGCUCCGGCAUCUUGAUCUAACACUGGACGCAGCACCUCCAGGUUUCUUCUAUAGCUGGGAUGCGAACGGCGUCAUGACUCACUAUGACACGGGCAUUGAGACAUGGUUCGACGAACAGGACAAAAAGUACCUAGACGGAAAUCUCCACCCGCUCCGCGAGGGCCACGCGCGCGACUUCCUCGUCAACAGCGCCAUCGACGCGGCCCUGGCGCGCUCCAUUUUCGAGGUCAUCGACGGCGCCAAAGCGAAGAGGCCUGACGGGCUGGCGCCAGUGUCGCUGGAACGGCUCAGCUUGCGCGUCUCGGGAGGUAGCUCUUUCAAGGAGCGACGCGCGGUAAACUCACCUACAGGCUAUGUCUGGCCAUUCUUGACUGCUGUGCAGCGGACAUGGCUGGUCGAGAGGGACGUACGAGAUUACGCACGGGGUGUUCUUCAUGUGCACGAGACCAGGCCUUGGGUCAGGACGAGCUGCUUAGGGAUCCCCCGUGUCGAAGAGGAAGAGAAGAGCCCGCGGUGGAUGGCCAUCUGGCGGCGGAUAUGGCCGAAUGAAACAGAGGGGCGUGUCUGGUGGGAUGACUGGGAGAGCUUUCCGCUUGCUUUGACGCCUGAACUGCCGAGAAAUGGUGACUUGACCUGCUUGGAGUCGAAUAGCCUCGAAGAGUUCAUCGUAUUUGACCGCGAACCAUUACCAAUCGAUGUCGUCUAG